AUGACAAGAGUAAAGAAGGAAGAAGGAGAGGAAGAGAAGGUGAAGAAAGUAGAAAGAAAGAGGAGAAAGAUCCGUCCGCCCGGGCAAAGCUCCAGAAACUGCCGGAAAACAAUGAGAGGAAUGCGGCUCUCCCAUCGAGGAGAUAACGGGGUGUCCAAAUCAGUUAGAAAGCGCAGAAAAAGCGUCAGACUAGACGGGCCAACUGAAAAUGCCUGCUUUUCAGCACAUCUGGGCCGGGAAGCUCGCGGGGACACGCCGGAACAUGAUUUUAAGGCUGUUUGCUACUUUUUCGGGCCGGACUUGGAAUGGCAACGCGGUGCUGGCACUUUAAGGUGGCCACCUGAUGACGUAAAUGGGGCAAACGACUGGAUACGCGUGGCCGUGUGCAUCCCUUUAAUGCUCAGGUCACCCAGGAAUGCCACCAGGCAUGCGCCCUCCACCUCUGAUGCCACCACACGGCUACAACGGCCCGCCCAGACCACCUCCAUACGGAUACCAGCGUGGCCCUCUGCCCCCACCCCGGCCUGCUCCACCUCGGGGUCCCAUGAGGCUCCCCAUGUCCCAAUGAGAAGGAGACGGACCUUUCAGCUCUGCAUGUUUUACACAUCUUCACAUGGACAGGUCUACUUUAUUUCUUACCUUCUUUACCAAGUCUGUUUACAAAGAGCGGCGGAACCCAGCAGUCGAGAUGAAUUCAAGCCAUUACAGAUUUACAUUCUACGCCAAGGAAGCAAGGCGUUUCCCUAGAGAUGUGUUAAACAUGCAAACCGUUUGUUUUCUAAUUUUGUUAACUUCUAUUAAGCAUGUUUUUAUAAAUGGUAGAUUGUAAUAAACAAA